AUGCUGUCUGUAACUGCUACUCCGUCUUCUUCGCUUCUCAGCCUUCACUCCUGCAACGACACGUUGCCCCUCCCCCAUUUUCCCUCCAUUAGGUACUCAUUUUCUAGGGUUUCAAAAAAUUUCGAGCGUAACAUCCCGAACCUGAGAUUCUGCAAAAUUUCUUGCAGACUUGCUAAAGUAAAAGAGGCUAUUUCUACGACAAAUCCUGACUCUUUAAUCAAAGAACCUCACAAAUACUUUGAUCAAGUAAUAAUCUCCGUCCGAUCAGGAGAUGGAGGACACGGUGCAAUUCUUAACAUGCCUAAUCAGAGUAACAAUGCUAGUAGGGGAAAACAGGAGAAAAAGAGGAGAAAUAAGAGCUCGUAUAAAAGAGAUUUUGAUGGAUCGUUAAUUCUUCCUGUGGGUGGACAUGGAGGUGAUGUAUUAAUAUAUGCGGACGAAGGAAUAGAUACUCUACUGGAGUUUCAUAGCAAAAGUAGAUUUAAUGCGAAACGCGGUGGAAAUGUUGACGCUAUGGGUGUUUUAACUUCUCAAUUGCGUAAUGGAUUCGCUGCCCCGGCUUUGCGUAUUCCUGUGCCUGUAGGUACGGUUGUGAAGCGUAAAAGAGGGAAGUUGUUGGCUGAUUUAGCGCAACCGUGGGAUGAAAUACUAGUUGCGAGGGGUGGACAAGGAGGGAUUAGCUUGAUUGAAGCCCCAGAGCGUCGAAAGAAAAGAUUAAUGGCUGUAACAACGAAUGUGAUGAGAGAUGAUAGUGAUAAGGUUUUAAUUCUCGGUCAGCCUGGGGAGGAGGUCAGUUUAGAGUUGAUUCUACGAGUCGUUGCUGAUGUUGGUCUGGUGGGACUUCCAAAUGGUGGAAAAUCUACCCUUUUAGCAGCCAUUACGCUGGCAAAGCCAGAUAUUGCCGAUUAUCCUUUCACAACUUUGAUGCCAAAUCUUGGACGCCUCAAUGGUGACCCAACUUUAGGAGCAGGGAUGUAUUCAUCUGAAGCAACAUUGGCAGAUUUGCCAGGCCUUAUAGAAGGUGCUCAUUUGGGGAAGGGUCUGGGUCGCAAUUUCCUGAGGCACCUUAGAAGGACUCAUGUAUUGGUCCAUGUUGUUGAUGCAGCAGCUGAGGACCCUGUGAAUGAUUACAGAACUGUCAAAGAAGAAUUGAGGAUGUACAACCCGGAGUACCUUGAAAGGCCAUAUGUAGUGGUGCUAAAUAAGAUCGACCUGCCUGAAGCAAGGGAUAGGCUUCCGUCUUUGACUGAGGAAAUAUCAAGAAUCGGUACUGAUGAGGUGCCUUCUGAGCCAAAAAUAACAUCAAAAGGUGUAGUUCAUUCAUUGUCCACUGAAGAUGGCAGCGAAGAUAAGUUGUCUCCUCAGAUAACCAAUGAAGAUAAAAGGGAUAAAGAGAUAGAGGACUAUCCUCGUCCCCUCGCUGUUCUGGGCGUUAGUGUUCUUCCUUAUAAUGCUAGAAAUGAUGCUUACAAGAUAAAAGAGAAAAGAAUCGGGGUAAAUGAGAUGUUGAAGGAGAUAAGGGCUGCCUUAAGGAAGUGCAGAGAUUCUAAUGAUGCAUUGGAGACCAUGAGAGCAUGA